AUGAAGACGAAUGUAGUAGCGGCGACUAAAACAGUUGUAGCACUUGCUGCUGUAGUCGCGACGCUGCUGCUGCUGCUCCCGCCAUUUGCUGGCGGCGGCGCCGCACUUGCUGCAACUGCAGCAACAGCCACUGGUCUGGGCAGUAACUGCACAAGGAGGUGCGGCAACAUCAGCAUCCCUUACCCAUUCGGCAUCGAGCUCGGCUGCUACCACGACACCGGCUUCAACCUCAGCUGCAAGCAGCAGCACUCCCACCGUCAGCCACCCAAGCUGUUCCUCGGCGACGGCACCGUGCAGGUGCUGGACAUCUCUGUUGAACACAGCACGGUGCGCAUCUACAGCCCCGGCGUGCAGUUGCAGUAUGAUGGCAUCAGCACCGGCGGGACAUGGGGCCUCGGGCUCCCAGAGACCGGACCGUACUUCCUGUCGGAGUCAGCUAGCAUGCUCGUGGCGACAGGGUGCAGCAUCCAGGUCAGCAUCCGAGGGGGACGGAAAGUCAGCCUGGUGAGUUCUUGCACUGCUAUCUGCCCCGUUAUUUUGUCCGACGAUGGCUGUAGCGGUACGAUAGGAAAUGGCAGCUGCACUGGCAUUGGUUGCUGUCAGGCCAGCAUCGUUGUAGGCUACUCUUCCUACAGAAUCCAGAUUGACCGGCCGGUUUCUUCUGCCUCGGGCUGGAACCGUCCUACUUCGGUAUUCAUAGUCGACCAGAGUUACUUUAUCAGUAUCAAUUCGAAUGGAGACCGAAUUCCUGGAUCGCUUACUACGGCUACACUAGACUGGAUAAUUAGUACUUCGACAUGUCCUACAAAUAUGACCGCCCCAGAAUGUCUCAGUAACCACAGCUAUUGCCAAAAUUCCUCUUCCUUGGGCCAUGGUGGGUAUACAUGUCAAUGCGCAGAUGGUUAUCAGGGUAAUCCUUUUGUUCAAGGUGGAUGUCAAGAUAUAGACGAGUGCAAAUAUCCCGACCAAUAUGUUUGCUAUGGUGUUUGCAAGAAUACACCUGGAAGUUUUAUUUGCCAAUGCAACACUGGCUAUACAGGCAAUGCUUCCAUCCCAAAUGCAUGCACAGGUUUAAGCAUCGGAUUGGGAAUCGGUGGUGGAACAAGUCUUUUGCUUCUAGCCCUUGGUGCUCCCUACAUAAUGCGUAAAAUCAAGCUUCAAAAGGUAAAGAAGAUGAAACAAAGAUUUUUCAAGCAAAAUCAUGGGCUGCUAUUGCAACAGUUAAUAUCACGAAGCACAGACAUUGGUGAGAGAAUGAUAAUUACCUUACGUGAUAUAGAGAAGGCAACAAAUAAUUUUGAUAGAGCUCGCAUCAUUGGUGGUGGAGGGCAUGGUGUCGUGUUUAAAGGAAUUCUAGAUCUACAUGUUGUGGCAAUCAAGAAGUCAAAGAUAGUAGUUCAACGAGAAAUCAAUGAAUUCAUAAAUGAAGUUGUCGUUCUUUCUCAAGUGAACCAUAGAAACGUGGUGAAGCUCUUAGGGUGUUGCCUUGAGACAGAAGUCCCAUUGCUAGUUUAUGAGUUCAUUUCAAAUGGAACCCUCUGUCAUCAUCUUCAUGUUGAAGGACCAGUGUCACUACCAUGGCACGAUCGGAUGAGGAUAGCAGCCGAGGUUGCCAAAGCGAUAUCCUAUCUGCAUGCAUCUGCUUCAAUGCCCAUAUUUCACAGAGAUAUUAAGUCAUCCAACGUACUUCUUGAUGAUGCUUUAACUGCAAAGGUUUCAGAUUUUGGAGCUUCUAGAUAUAUCCCAAUAGAUCAGACAGGAGUGACUACAGCAGUUCAAGGAACAAUGGGUUACUUGGAUCCAAUGUAUUAUUACAAUGGACGAUUAACAGACAAGAGUGAUGUUUUCAGUUUUGGUGUUCUUCUUGUAGAAUUGCUUACUCGAAAGAGACCAUAUGUGUAUAGGUCAGUUGAUGAUGAUGGUCUUGUUUCACAUUUUGUUUCGCUGCUAGCAGAAGGCAAACUGGUUGACAUAUUAGAUCCUCAAGUCAUGGCGGAGGAAGGUGGAGAAAUCGAAGAAGUAGCCACACUAGCAGCAAUGUGCACAAAAUUGAAGGGAGAAGACAGGCCUACAAUGAGGGAAGUGGAGAUGGCCCUUGAAUGCUUGCUCGUUAAGAAGAAGCAGGUUCAAUAUAAUGGAACACGACAAACAAAUAGUGGGGAAACUGCCGGUCCUUACAUGUCAACUGACCGAGGAACUAAGGAAGCUAGCAGGCAAUACACCAUGGAGGAGGAAAUGUUGUUAUCAGCGAGCUUUCCCCGGUGA